CAGGAUUUGACACGCCCAGCUCUCCAUCCAUGUGCCUCACCAACCCCAACCCUGCAGAAGGAAUAGCUAUUUAAGGGCAGUUGGACUUCAGGAAAACCAGACAGGCCCCUGAACAAGACACUGCAGCAUCAUCUGAGAGGCUGACAACAUGAAGGUCCUCCUGCUGCUAGCAGCCUUGAUCAUGGUCUUUGGCCCAAUCCAGAUCCAAGCCAGCAUUGCCGAGUUUGGGCAAAUGAUCCUGCUUAAGACAGGAAAGAGACCUGACACCAGCUAUGCCUUCUAUGGUUGUCACUGUGGCGUGGGUGGCAGAGGAUCCCCCAAGGAUGCGACAGAUCGGUGCUGUGCGGCUCAUGACUGUUGCUACGACCGUCUACAGAAAAGGGGCUGUGGCACAAAAUUUCUGACCUACAAGUUCAGCUACCGAGGGGGCAAAAUCACCUGCUCUGCAAACCAGAACUCCUGUAGGAAACAGCUGUGCCAGUGUGAUAAAGUUGCCACUGAAUGUUUUGCCCGGAACCGGAAAAGCUACAGUUUGAAGUACCAAUUCUAUCCCAACAAGUUUUGUAGUGGAAAGUCACCUAAGUGCUGAGAGAGGCGCCUUUCUCGGUGUCUGGACACAUUGUCUGCUCUAGUAACCCUCUGCACCCCAGCCAAGUCCCCCCAGUGAAAAACGCCCCUCUCCCACCCUAGAGGCAUGGUGGGGGCCCUCUUGUCAUGACCCAGAAUGAGCCACCAAAGCCUGAUGAGUUAGGCUGACCUUUCCCCAACACUCAUCUACCUGGGACUAACGGAUUGCCCAUUCCCACUUUCUCUUGGCAUCCAACUUCCUGACUCGAAGUACCAAAAGAGUCCUGAGAGAUUCUUACAAAUAAAGUAAUUUUUCAAUGA